AUGGAUACAGAAGCGCAGCUUGGGCUACUGCAAUCGUUGGAGAUGUUAUGGGAUGAGAAAGAUAUACACGAGCCUGACGCUAUUGACGCCAAAGCGGAUACCCCAAUGCACCAUUCGCUAGAGACGCUGGAUGAUUUAUGUGCUAUUGAUACAGUGCGUACUGUUUCUGAUACUCAGCUGGCAUCGCCUGUCACCAAAGUUACUCCGGGGCCCCCAUCUCCGCAACCACUUGCCGAUCGUUCUGGAAUUGAUCUAUUUCAAGCGCUACCCAAAAGGCCACGAGCUUUUUCUGAAUCCAAUGUAAAAGGAGCUGAGGAAGAUUCCCCUUCUCAGUCAACAUGGCUUCCCACUGACAUCAUUGUACGGGAUUUUGCUCGUAUACAAUUGGUUUCAUCCCCGGACUCCAAAUCUUCUUUACCAACUCCGUUUCAACUGGCUAUAAGAAGGCGCAGAAGCCAACCGCUCGAACUCACCCACCAUAUAAUUCCUAUAGCCACCACAAUCAAGCUGAAAAGUGCGACUGAGGAUAAAUCCGCGCAUGCCACGAGACCCCCUGAUCUUUCUCCCAAACAUGUCGGCAAACAUCCCGCUCCGUACAUCAUGCCGUCUCUUACGGACCUGGAAAAGAUUCUACAUCCCACGCUCGUCGACGCCAUCCUCCUGUCCGACUACGCCGACGCCUUCCCAAACCGCUGCUUCUGCUCGCUCGUCCUACACGAAAUUCAGUGCAACCUACCCACCAUGCGCCUCGACCUCCACGGACCCCGAAACCAUCGCCACCUCCAAACACAGCUACGCUGCAUACUGUCUCAAAACACCAUUGUGCUCGACAAGCUCCUCCGUCUCUACGGCGACGCGUUGCGACUACAUGCCCACGCGCGCAUGAACUCGCGACCCAUGGUGCUGGACACCUGGAAUGAAUUCGUCGGACUGCUAAUAGAAGAUGUCUUCAUGCUGCCCCGGCACCCAAUCUUUGAUCAGAUUGACGAGUUGGAGCGCCUGGAGCGCGCGGUGGAGGUUGGGCCUGACGACGAGUAUUUUGUGGAUAGGACUGGCGUCAGGGCUGGGUUAAGGAAAAGUAUGGAGAAGGGGAGGCGCAAGAUUAGGGUGUUCAAGUAUAAGGGGGAUAAGAGGGUGGUUAGGUCUAAGAGGAGGUGGGAUUUUACAUCCUAG